AUGAAUGAGGAAGUGGGUAGAAAGAAGAAAUGCGACACAGAGGCCGAACGAAUCAUCGCAGCAUUUAUUAGAAACAGACAGUUUGAUAGCAAGGCAAAAUUAGUGGAGAAGAUAACGAGAAGUUCUGAAAAAUAUGUAUCAGGUUUUUUUUUCUCGUGUUUUGAUAACUUCUUCCACUGA